AUCCUCGGUAACCGCAACUUCGUCCAAAGCCCCCUCCGAAACCAAUCGGUCCCCCGAAUCCGCCGCCUGGUCCACCAAAUCCGCCUCCCGGUCCCCCGAAACCACCGCCUGGUCCACCAAAUCCGCCACCGAAUCCGCCACCAAAUCCACCACCGAAUCCACCUGGUCCACCGUACCCAGCGCCACCAUACGGUCCAUUAAGGUCUCCACAGCAACAUGCAUCGUUGAACACCUUUUCAUCGCAGUAGCUGUACACCGAUGCAUCGCACAGUGGACAGCCUGGUAGGGCACGGGUACUUGCAAUCGGGUACGGUCUAAAGGGCCGCUCGCUCUCAUCCUUGGACGGUGCAUUCUCAUCAGCCAUCUUUUUUGCAUCGUCGGAGGGUUUAUCCUGCAUGGCUGCCGGUUUCUUGGGUGGUGAAUCAUCCGCCAGCGGGGCAGCAGGACCAAUUACAUCAGCUGCAACCAGUGGCCUGGGUAGUAUCAGUUGCUGCACAACAGGAGAUUGUAAAAUUUUGACUGCAAUCGAUACGGUAGAACAAAGAAGCGAAGUCCAACCAUGAAGUGCGACGCCGUGAUCGAAAAAAUUAAGGCCCGCGUUGCCGCCAUUGACCCCAAUGGACCACGCAAGGUUCUGGGAGUGUUCCAGCUGAACAUCGAGGCUGCCGAUGGCGUCCAUGAAAUUAUUGUUGAUCUGAAGGGACUGUCUGUUUCGGAUGGUAAGGCCGCUUCGCCGGAUGUAGUGAUCAACCUGAAGGACGAAGACUUCAUUGCCGUUGGUACGAAGCAGAUUCCGGUCAAGGAUGCGGUCGCACAGGGCAAAGUAAACAUGACCGGCGACCAGAACCUAUUCCAGGCCUUGGUGGAUGCGAUCUAAAACAAUUG